AUGGCUCGCGGCUCCAUCUUCAAGGCCAGCCUGUCUCCCGAGCAACUCGAGGUCGAGCAGCGGCUGCGAACCCUCGCGCUGAUGCUCGUCGGCCUCGCCGUGAUCGCUUGUGGGCUCUAUUACCUCGAGGGAAUCCUCAUUCCGCUCGUGCUCGCGCUGGCCCUGACUUACACGCUCCAGCCGAUGAUCGACCUGCUCUCCAAGC